AUGUUUUCCAUAAUUAAGGAAAAAGAAAGAAAAUCAUGGGCCUUACAAGUUUACCAUAACGUCAAGUGCAUUCUAAAAUUCAGAACCUUUCCCAUUUUCGUCCCCCCACCCCACAAGAUUGCUCCUAGCAGAGCCAUUUCCGUCUCUUCUAAUUGCUCCCCAACAGCAUCUAGCAACAAGGUUGGCAGCCCCCUUCACAGAAACCUCAAGGCUCUUUUCUCUUAUUUUAGAGUGUGUGCACCUCUCUCGGGCUUCUACAGUUAUACUGUGGGACUAGGCUCCAGCCAAGUCUAUGGCCAAGCCUUGUGCCGAGACGACAUCCCUGAUGACGUUUGUUGGGAGUGCAUUGCCCUGGCUUCUUCCAAAAUCCAAGAAUUAUGCCCUAAUAGUAGAAGGGGAAUCAUAUGGCUCGACCACUGCCAGUUGCGCUACUCUGACAAGAACUUCUCUGGCAAGGUAGAUGUCUAUGACAGGGCAUGCCAACCAGCAGUGAACAAUGCAUCAAAUCCUUCGAACUUCUAUCAGAGUUUGAGAAUCCUUGUAGCCAACCUGACCUCACUGGUGACGCAGAGUUCUCCUAAUCGCUUCUUCACUAAGGGUGUCUCUGUCCUUGAGGAAGCAGAGAGGAUCUACGCUCUGGUGCAGUGCGUGAAAGAUAUACAUGCAGACCAAUGUGGGUGGUGCUUACAGAAUGCCAGCUCCGAUAUUGCAGGAUGCUUUAAUAGAAAACAAAGCGGUCGCAUCCUCAGGGGAAGCUGCAACUUGCCUUUUGGAGUGUGGCCUUUCUUCUCCAGCGAUCCUACUGUGAUAUCACUUCCGAAGCCCAGUCACAAGAAUCAAAAACAGAAAGAAGCAACUUCAAUGGAUUCAGAAAAAGUAAAAGAGAAUGAGGCAACCUAUAAUUUACCACAAUUCAGCCUGAGGACAGUGGGAGGUGCUACGGAUAAAUUUUCAAGAUCAAAUAAGCUUGGAGAAGGUGCUUAUGGCCCUGUCCUCAAGAAUCACAAAUGUAUAAGAAUUGGUGAUGUUUUCCUUCCGAGGGAAACUUCCUGGUGGACAGGAAGUAGCUGUCAAGAGGCUGUCUGGUCGCACUGGGCAAGGCUUAAAGGAGUUAGGAAUGAAGUUGAGUUGAUAGCCAAAAUUCAACACACAAACCUGGUUAGGCUUAUUGGUUUCUGCUUGGAAAAUGAUGAGAUGAUACUCAUAUAUGAAUAUAUGCCCAACAAAAGCCUUGAUUUCAUCCUUGAAGAUCCGGAAAGCCGUGCUUCAUUGGAUUGGGAGAAGAGGUUCAAUAUCACCAUAGGAAUUGCAAGGGGAAUGCUUUAUCUUCACCAAGAUCCUCGACUUAACGUCAUUCGUCGGGAUCUCAAAGCUUGCAACGUGCUGCUAGACGAGCAACUGAAUCUUAAAAUUUCUGAUUUCGGAUUGGCAAGUAUCUUCAAUAGAGUUUUGGGGUAG